UCAUUUUCAUCAUUUUUGUUGAAUGUUUUCAUAAUUUCAUCAAUUCAGUGUUUCUUCAGUGUAACAAAAGAGAAAAGAUGAAAAAAGAAAAGAAUUAAACAUAAAUAUACUUGUACAACGAACUGCAAAAUGUCAGACACAGACACGCACACACAAUCAAAUACAUAAUAAACAUAAUUGAGAAAUGUUUCAAAGUGGAUUAUAUAUUUUCAUUGAUAAUAUACAGGUUUCUAUCAUUCACAUGUUUCAACAAAGAAGAUCUUUAUCUGGAACGUGUAACCAUUGAAUUAUUGAACAACAAUUAUAUUCAUUGACAAGAAGAUUAAUCAAUGAUGCAAUAUCAUCAUUAUCAUCCAAUUACUUUAGUUAUAAUUGUUUUACUACUUAAAUCAUUUAUAAGUAGUUCUCAAAUCCCAAUCAUGAUUUAUAAUCUUGCUGAUGAAACACCAACUGGUUCAUUAAUUGGUAAUAUAGCAGAAAAUUUAUCAUUCAGUUCUAUGAGAAACUAUACAUACUUAUUCAUUACAUCAAUGAAAUUUCAAUAUAUAAAUGAUUAUAUCAAAAUUACAUCCAAUGGUGAUAUCAUCACGUUACGCCAUAUUGAUCGUGAUAAUACAAAUGAUAUAUGUGGUCCAUUAAAUUGUUGUCCAUUACUCGUAUGUCAAAUUGAAGCGAAUAUCAUUUUAACUAAACAAUGGACUACUCAUUGGAAACAUGAUUCGAAUCAAGUGAAUCAUUCAUUCAUGAAAGAUCAUCGUAUUCCUGAUGAAGAUGAAGAAGAAUUGAGACGAAACUCGAUAAAAUUGAAUGAAUCUAAUGAACAACAAACGAUGAUACAAUUAUAUAUACGAAUUAAUGAUGCAAAUGAUAAUCCACCACGUUUUUUUAUGUCAACGAAUAUGAUGAAAUAUGAUUCAUUAAAUGGUUCUCAACAAUUAUUGAAUAGACCAUUUAUUAUUUAUAAACGUGAAGGGGAUACAAAUGGAUUUGAAGGUUUACCUAUUGCUUCAGAUGCAGAUUCUGAACUCAAUGGUAUAGUGAAGUAUAAACUCAUUGAAUAUACAAAUAAUGGAGAUCUUGUGAAAGAACCUCGAUUAAAUAUUACUAUGACAUAUGAUCAUAUCCAUUCAAUCAAUCCAAAAUUGAUACUUCUGCGAUCAUUAGAUUAUGAAAAUAUAGAUGAUCGUGAAAUCUAUGCUACAUUCUAUGCCAUUGAUGGUGGUGAUCCAUCUCUUACUGGUUCGUUAUCAAUUAUAAUUCGUUUAUUAGAUAUGAAUGAUAAUCCCCCUGCGAUUAAACAAUCUACAAUCAUAGAACAAUAUAUCACAUUACCAGAGAAUACAACAUUAGAUAAUAAACCAUUCUAUAUAGUGAAUGCAACAGAUGCUGAUUCUGGUGAGAAUAGUCGUUUAAUCUAUUCAUUUAGUCCAUUAGCUAAUAGUUUGAUUCCAAUGAAAUUUCAUAUUGAUUCAAUCAAUGGUGCGAUUACAAUACGUGAACCAUUAGAUUAUGAAGUAUAUUCUGAACGCCAAUUCUUGCUGCCAAUUAUUGUCAAGGAUUCUGGUAGUCCACCAUUAUCCUGUACGACAUCCAUUUCUAUUCAAAUUAAAGAUAUCAAUGAUAAUGUACCAACAUUAAUGAUACAAGAGAAUAUUACGAUACCAGAAGGACAUAUAUUUACAAAACCAAUAAUACGAUUUUAUAUUAAAGAUGAAGAUGAAGUAUCUUAUGGGAAAAUCCUUUGUAAGCCAACUCCAUUUGAAUCAAAUCAUCUUCAAGAUAAAGAACUUCUAGCUGGUCAAGAUUAUUUACGUUUACAUCCAGUCUCGGAUACUGUAUUUUUUAUAUUUACAAAAGGUAUAUUUGAUUAUGAACAGAUUCAAUAUGCUUCAUUAUUAAUUGAUUGUUAUGAUUUAGCUGAUAUAGAACCAUUCAAUAAAGUAAAUUUCAGUUUACAACACUCCCAUGAGAAGGAUCUAUUGAAUCAUCUAUAUCAAUUUCGGAUCACUGUAGCUAUCUCUGAUCAAAAUGAUAAUAUACCUAUAUUUAAACAAUCCAAAUAUUAUAUUAAAAUACCAGAACAUCUAUCAGAUGGAUCAUAUAUUACUGAAAUGAAAGCCUAUGAUUUAGAUAAAGGUGAAUAUGGACAAUUAACUUAUCAAUUAAAAUCAAUUACAUUCAAUUACAUUGAUGAUCAUGAUGAUCAUGAUCAUGAUCAUGAUGAAGAAGAUCCAGAUCAUUCAAACUAUUCAAGACAUCCACAAGAAUAUGAACAACCAUUUGAAAUUCAUCCCCUAAAUGGUAUCAUUACAGUAUUACAUAAUCAGUUAUUAGAUCGUGAACAAAUUGAAUAUUUUCAUUUAAAUAUAUUAGCUAUAGAUAAAGGAAAUUUAACUACUCAUACACAAUUAAUCAUACAAUUAAUCGAUAUUAAUGAUCAUUUACCAAUAUUAUAUAAUAAUAAUCAUAUCAAUAUUGAUUUUCAAGAAAAUCAAAAAAUCAAUACUUUUAUUGAUUUUAUACAUUUAAUUGAUUUAGAUAAAGAUUCCAGAAAUUCAAUGAUACAUUUAUUAUUAGAUAAUAAUCAAUCAAUCAAUACAAUCAAUCAUAAUCCAUCGAUCGAUAACCAAUCAAUCGAUAAUCAAUAUAAUCAUUAUAUUAAAAUUAUACCCGAUAGAAAUUUUCAUUAUAAACAAAUCAAUCAAAAUGAAUUAAUGAAUGAAUAUGAAUUAAAAGCGAUAUUGAUUAAUCAAUUAAUUAUUGAUCGUGAAAAAAUCAAUAAAAUUUUUUAUCAAAUUAUUACAUAUAAUACUGAUAAUAAUAAUCUAAAAUCAAUAAAUAGUAUCACAUAUACAUUAACUAUCAAUAUAUUAGAUGAAAAUGAUAAUAUACCAAUAUGUAUAUAUCCUAUUUAUAAUAGUAUUAUUGGUGAUUAUGAUCCAGAUCCAGAUCAUUCCAUAAUGAUUUAUACAAAUACACCAAUUUAUACAUUCGUUAUACAAUUGAAAGGUUAUGAUCCAGAUCAUGGCUUAAAUGGUACUAUAUUAUAUCAAUUAAAUCCAUUGACUAAUGGUAGUCAAUAUUUUUAUUUAAAUGAAUCGAAUGGUAAAUUAUAUACAAAUUGGUUCAUGGAUUCAGCAUAUGAUUCCACAAUGAUUAAUAUGGAUACGAAUCCAUCAUAUGAUCCACCUAUUGAAGGGAUCUAUCAUAUCAAGAUAUCACUUAAAGAUAUGGGUAUACCAUCUUUAUCAUCAAAUGAAACACAAUUUUUUAUUAAAAUUCAUUCAUUGAAUCCAUCGAUAAUCAAUAAUCAAUCAAUCAUCCAUUCGAAUCACAAAACAAUGACAUUUUGUUGUUUAUCAACCAAUAAAAAAUAUCAAUAUUCAUCGAAAAUCAAUAAUCAUAAUAAUCAAUCAAUUUGGCCAGAUACAAAUAUCAUUCAUCAAUCAAUAAAUGAUCAUCUAAAUGUCAAUACUACUACUAGUAGUGAUACUACUAUUAAUACUACUUAUAAUGAUCCUUUUGAUUACACCAAUCAUUUACAUACAAAUCCAAUCUGUUCAUUACCUUUCCCAUAUGACACUGGUAACCAUAGCAACAACAAUAAUAAUAAUAAUAAUAUCAGUUGA